GUGUUUUAUUCUGCGCUCCCGGGCGAGGUGCACAGGUCCCGCAGAUGGGGGCUGGCGAAGUCGCGCCCAGGAUAGAGGGAGGUUUUUGGGGUGGGGGUUGGCUGAGUGAGGUGGCAGAUGAGCAGGCCCCCCAGUGCAGAUCGGGCUCGAGUGGCUGUGUCCGGAGUUGCUUAUCGCACCAGCGGUCUGCUGCCUUUUCUGGGAAACGCCAGGGGCCUCAGUCUCUGUCAUGCGGGGAGGGGUCUGACUUGGCAGAGGGGCAUUAAUUGGCUUCUGGGGACGGGUCUGACUCGACAGAGGGGUAUUUUUGGCUCCUGGCCGCUUUGACCAUGCCCAUAGCUGACCUAACAUUCCGGCCUUUUUGGUUAUAAAGGGGCGACGAGGUCAUUCUUACUGCUUCCUGCUGAUAAGGGGGCGGAGAGGGUACUAGGCCUGGUCCAUGAUGGGAGGGCUUGUGGGCAGCCGGGAGUGUGGGUGGAGUGGGAGCUGGUUCACUGUAACUCUGGACAUCUCGUGGAGGCAGUUCUGUAGAAAGUUUAAAAAACAGGGGGCCAUUAGAAGCAGGAGACUGAUUAGGACGAGUGGGCCUAUUAGCGGCACUACCCAUGUAGUCAGGGGUGAUUGCCACGAAUCUGAGGGAGGGCUGGUGGACCCUCUCCGGCGCCGGAGCUCCUCUUGUAACUUAUUCAGGGUCUGCACGUUUUCCUUGACCAAUCUGGACUCGUUGAUGUAGUAACAGCAUUCUUCCCGGAGGCAGAGGCAGGUUCCUCCUUUUUCAGCUGUUAGCAGGUCCAGAGCUCGUCGGUUCUGCAAGGCAACUUGGGCUACAGAGGUUAGUUGUCACUGGAGCGACGCGAUGGAGGUUGAGGAGGCUUCUAUGGCAACCUGUAGGCCUGUCUCCAAGUCCUGGGCAGAGUGGACGCUGUGCCUGAGAGCACCAGCACCUAAACCGGCAGCUACAAAGGAGGAGGCUAGGGAAACCCCUAGAAUAAGGGGUGGGAAAGCAGCCCUCUUUUGAACAGGAGUGGAAAUUUUCUCGUAGUGAGGCUGCAGUUCUGUGAAUUCAGCCUGGCUGUGGAGCAUUAGUUGGGGGGCUACGGUGGUCGGAAUGCAGGGGGUCGGGGAAGAGGUAUUUAUGCACCUGGUGAGAAUCUUGUCGCACCAGAAGAAUGUGCCAGAGGGAGCCUGAAGAGCAGACGAGAGUGGUCGGGUUGUAUUGCAUGAGGACUGGUUAGAACCACCGUAGCAUAUGGGCAAGGUGAGGUUAGGUGGGGGAAGGUAUAAUGGUAUCUUGGCGAUGGGGGAAGGGCACUGUCCUGAGUUGUUACUAGGGGCGAACCGUGUUAAAGGUACAGCCGCCAAAAGGGGGCAUUGCAGAGACGCACAGAGAAAACAAUCAGUUAUGUUAGGAAAUCCAGAGAUAUUAAGGAGGGUAGCCGGAUUAAGAGAGGGAGAUUGGGUGAGGGUAAUAUCAGGGUUUUCCAGAAAUAGGAGGUGGAACUCUUGUGUCCGGGAGGAGGCAAUGAGAGAGAGAGAGCGGUAGGAGAGCAAGUCCUGUAGCCGAUGGGUGGAAAACACCUGCAAUGGUUGUUGGAGGCAAAUUUUUUGGGCCUCCUUGGUAAGAACAGCUGCUGCAGCCAGGACACGGAGGCAAGGCUGCCACCCCCGGACCGUGGGAUCGAGUUGUUUGGACAGGGGGAGGGAGUGGUGCCAGGAUGUCAGAUGAAGUCGCUCCUUUAUUUAAACUAUAAAACCCAAUGUGGGGACAAGAAACCAAACCUGCAAACAGAGGAACCUACCCAUAACGAGCAAGACAGACCAAAACGAGAGGCGGAGUAUCUGAGGGUGCUUGUCUGAGAGUCAGAAACACUGCUGGGCUCUAAUUAACAAAAUACUGACCGGACAUGGCUACAAAGUCAGGACCUCCCACACAAGGCAAAACGUGGCCCUUGAGAAAGCGAGACUCUACACUGUGUGGUGGCCACAGCCUCCAGGGACCUCGGACAUGAAUUCUUGGGAAACCAGACGAAAGUGGCAUUUACGCCUGACAGCAGUGAGAUCCAGUGUUUACGUGAUUCUAUGAAGGCAAAUAUUUUUCAACCCAGGGGAGGCCUCACUCACAUCCCAUCCUGAGUCCAAAUGUUCUCUGCCUGGAAGAGACCAAUGUUCCUGUCUGUUCAUGAGGACCCAGUGCCCACCGUGGCUUCCUUCAGCGCUGAAAUGCUCAACUUCACCUCGCAAGUCUUCCUCCCUAAUCUCAGCGGGACCCCGUCACAGAGCAGCAGCUGCGUCCACUCCGAGCUGUUGGGCUGGCUCAACACCAUCCAGCCCCCCUUCCUUUGGGUUCUGUUCGUGCUGGCGGCGCUGGAGAACAUCUUCGUGCUCAGCGUCUUCUGCCUGCACAAGAACAGCUGCACAGUGGCGGAGAUCUACCUGGGCAACCUGGCGGUGGCCGACCUCAUCUUGGCCUGCGGGCUGCCCUUCUGGGCCAUCACCAUCGCCAACAACUUCGACUGGAUCUUCGGGGAGGUCCUGUGCCGCAUGGUGAACACCAUGCUCUACAUGAACCUGUACAGCAGCAUCUGUUUCCUGAUGUUGGUGAGCAUCGACCGCUACCUGGCCCUGGUGAAAACCAUGUCCGUGGGCCGGAUGCGCGGCGUGCGCUGGGCCAAACUCUACAGCCUGGUGAUCUGGGGGUGCACGCUGCUCCUGAGCUCGCCCAUGCUGGCUUUCCGGACCCUGAAGGAGUACGGAGCCGAGGGCCACAACGUCACCGCGUGCGUCAUCACGUACCCGACGCGCGCCUGGGUGGUGUUCACCAACGUCCUCCUGAACUGCGUGGGCUUCCUGCUGCCCCUGACGGUCAUCACCUUCUGCACCGUGCAGAUCCUGCAGGUGCUCCGCAACAACGAGAUGCAGAAGUUCAAGGAGAUCCAGACGGAGAGGAAGGCCACGGUGCUGGUGCUGGCCGUGCUGCUGCUGUUCGUCGUCUGCUGGCUGCCCUUCCAGGUCAGCACCUUCCUGGACACCCUGCAGCGCCUGGGCGUGCUCUCCGGCUGCUGGCAGGAGCACGUCAUCGACGUCCUCACGCAGGUCUCCUCCUACGUGGCCUACAGCAACAGCUGCCUCAACCCGCUGGUGUACGUGAUCGUGGGCAAGCGCUUCCGCAAGAAGUCGCGCGAGGUGUACUGGCGACUGUGCCAGAAAGGGGGCUGCAGGGCAAAGCCCAGCCAGAUGGAGAGCUCCAUGGGCACGCUGCGGACCUCCAUCUCAGUGGAACGCCAGAUUCCCAAAUUGCCACGGUGGGUGGGGAGCAGCCAGUGAGCAGAUGCCAGCAGGUCUGUGGCUGCCGUGCGUGAGGGGUGAUAGAUGGUAGCUCUUCUGGAUGUGCCCAGCAAGGCGUGGACGGCAUCCCACGUGUGACCUUGGGCACUGAGGCGCUGUCUCCGAUAAACACGGGAGCGUGAUUCCUGCCCUUCCCAGGUUGCAGUGGGCACAGCUGUGAGGAUGGAGAGACCCCGAGCACAGCCCCGGGCUCCAUGAACACGGCAGCAUCACUGUUCUUAUUUGCUGCCACUCCUGGGCCCUUCUGCUCCUUCCCAGGAGCAGAGGGGACCUGGGGCAGGAACAAGGGCUACUGAGCUUCCCUCCCACGUGGUGUUCCCCCGUGCUGCAGCUCGCCAGCUGGGCUGCAAUGGCUGGGAGCACACAGGGUGCCUGGCUGAAUGGUCGCCUUGGAUUUCUUUAACCCACUCGGCUAGGAGUUCGGAGGGUGACUUCUCACAUUCAGGAAGGUGAAGCUCUGAGGGUCCCUGGUGAGAACCCAAAGAUCAGGGCUGUGUCGCUCCCCUCACCAAUGCACAAGGUGGUUUGUGCUGAAGAAGCAUGUAGUAAGCCCUUAUCUGGCACUUGCUGUAUGCGUAGCAUUGAGCACUGAGGGUAAGAGGGAAGAAAGACAAAGUGCCAUCUCCCCCUUGAAGGAAACUGCAAACUCGCGUGGGGAUGACUGAGCACUGGAAACCACGCAAAGCCUUUGUGCGGGGAGGAGCCUGACGCCCCCGCUCAGCCCGUAACCGUCAUCACCUUGAACCUGCCUCAGUCUGUUCCUCUGUAACCUGAGGCUGCGCGGAUUGAUUAAAGGAAGUAACCGACACAGAAGUACUUUGAAAAACAAAGGUGCUAUGUAAAUGUGAGGCAUUAUUACACACACACACACACACACACACACACACACACGGAACCUGGAGGCCCAGGAGAGUUUGGCUGGCCAAGAACCCGGCAAUCCUAACUGAUCCAGCUCCAGGUUUUAAAACAAAAAAGGUCAAAAAGAUUCCCUCCCCGUUCCAGCCUUUUUUUUUUUACCACCAACCACACUCCUCUGCCUCGAUAAGGGUACACACUGGUAGCCGGAGAAAGAAAGGGGGACCAUUCGGUAUUAGGAUGGAGCCAAAGCACACGCAUAUUGUGAGUGGGGUAAAAAAAGGAGGCUGUGCUCUGUCAUGUGUGGCCCUCAUUCAUCAGCGGGUGCGUGGUGGUCUGAGAUCUUCUAUGAGCUGAGCUGUGUCACAGCCCCGGGCUCCUAACGGUCAUUUCUGGGUCCACUGUGGUUUGCGGAGCAGUCAGUCUGCGGGAGGGGAGCCACCUUGGGGGUUGUGUGGAUACCUCCAUAAAGAACAUCUGUCCUGUGAAAGCCCCAAAGCACUGUUAUACUGUAAAGAGGGAGCAUUUCACAUACAGUGAGAGGUGGAUGUAAACAUGUGUCUUUUCUGUACAGCAUAAUAAAUGGAUGAGGAGUCUUUGCAUGGCUCUUUCUUG